AUGCUCGCCCUGGGAGCCCCGGGAGUAUGGCAGCACACUUCGUCGUUGCCGUCCUUGGCCGUGAAAAGACCUGCCAGCGCAAGAUUGGAUCCCCCAAGAUCACCUGGCGGGUGUGUCUUGUGUGCCGCCUUUCUUGGUCUCGUCCCAUUUGCUGAAGGUCUCCGCUGGCGCGGUGGUCAAAGAUCCGUCAGGCGAUCGUCAGUAAGGUCUGGUACCACUGGGCCCAAUGUGGCGCAACUACUGGCAGGGCUGGAUCACUCGGCAUUGGUGGACCUGACUCCUGAAGCUUCGGCACUUGAGCCCCGACGCUCACGUGCUGUCAAGGCUGGGCAUUACGUGCCCAUCUUGCCUGAGCCACUGCCUGACCCAGAACUGGUGGCCAUCUCCGAUUCCAUGUGCCGCGACCUUGGCGUUGACUCGGAGGCCAUGCGAUCUGAGGAGAUGCUGAAGAUGCUGGCAGGUGAGGUGGAGAACACCAAUUUGAAACCCUGGGCUACACCCUAUGGAACCUCAGUGAAUGGAUGUUUUUCAGCCGAUUCGCCCUUUGGUCCUUGGGGCUAUGGAGAUGGACGUGCCAUUUCUUUGGGCGUUUUCAAGUUGAAGGAGCCAUGGGAGUUGCAGCUGAAGGGCGCCGGACGUACCCCGUUCUCUCGGAACUUUGAUGGCCGCGCCGUGCUACGCUCCUGCGUCCGCGAAUUCUUGGCGAGCGAGGCCAUGCACCAUCUAGGAGUUCCAACCGCCCGAGCUUUGUCGGUGGUUACCUCCAGCGAACGUGUGACACGACCAUGGUACAUGCAUCCUUCCCAAGAAAUGUCGCGCGAAAGGUUCAGUCCUCCCAGGUGCGACCAGGAUGAAGCCGCUGCGGUCCUGUGUCGUUGUGCCAGAUCCUUUUGGAGAGUGGGUCAUGUGGAGCUCUUCGCACGGAGGUCCUCCUCGACAGAGCUGAUGGACUUUCUGUGGCACGUCUUUCGGAGAGAUUUUCCAGAGCUGGUGGCAGUGCAUCGGCGCUUAGAUGAUUUGAUCAUGGCGUUCUUUCAGGAAUUUGUACAACAGCAAGCUGAACUGGUCGCGGAGUGGCUGCGAGUGGGAUAUGUCCAUGGGAACAUGAAUUCUGACAAUUGCCUUUUGUGUGGCCAGACUUUGGACUAUGGCCCAUUUGCCUUUAUGGAAGGGUAUGAUCCCAGCUACCAGCCAUUUACUUCGGACAAGACUGGACACUAUGCCUUUGACCAACAACCUGCUGCGACGCUCGCGACAGUGCGAGUUCUAGCGGAGAACAUUGUCCACGCCCUUCCUGCGAAAGAACAGGGUGGCUGUGCCGAGCACUUGAAGAAGAUCACUGCAUCCUUUCAGGAAAGCUUCGACGCGGCCCACUGUGACCGCUGUCGUCGCAAGUUGGGCGUGAAGACUUGGGAUGCCAACGCCGCUGAGAUGUGGAGGCAGCUAUUGGAACUGAUGGCGCGCACGGACGCUGACUACACCAUCCUAUUUCGGUCCUUGGUAUGGUUGGAUGUGGACAAGGCUGACUUAAAAGAUUUGGAAAGGGCCUUUCCCAGCCUUCCCAGUGGCGAGCUGCACCUGGCCUGGACACAGUGGCUGCGUGGCUACUGCAACCAGCUGCAGCGCGAUGGUCUGACGGUGGAAGUACGAAGGGCCGAGAUGCGGGCCGCAUCACCAAAGUAUGUGCCGCGCAAUUGGAUGCUCUUUGAAAGCUAUGAUGCUGCCAGUCGUGGAAACUACCACGUGACUCGUGGAAUGCUGGAACUUUUUACCGCGCCCUAUGAUGAGCAGCCCGUGUUUGAGGAGGCCUAUUUUCGCAGGGCCCCGGACUGGGCGAAAUCCAAAGGCGGCAUUUACUUCAUGAGCUGA